AGUCCGCCCAGUCCCUCUGCGAACUCCCCCCGCGCCCCCCAUCGAUUCCCUAACGCCCUCCCAUGCGCUUGAGUUUCUAGUUGAUGGGGCUGGCUUGGAGUUGCAACCAUGAGGAUUACGGAGAUCGUUAUUGACGUGAGUUUUUCGUGCCGCUUCUUGCGCAGUCAAAAGAGAGGGGAGGGCAGAAAGAGCGGUGAUUGCUAACAAUCGAGGCGAUAGGGUUUCAAAUCGUACGCCGUGCGUACAGUGAUUUCAGGAUGGGAUGAAUCAUUCAACUCGAUCACGGGCCUUAACGGCAGUGGUAAAUCCAACAUCUUGGAUGCCAUUUGUUUCGUCCUUGGUAUUACGAAUAUGACCACCGUUCGCGCGCAGAACCUGCAAGAUCUUAUUUACAAGCGUGGUCAAGCUGGCGUGACCAAAGCCAGUGUGACAAUCGUUUUUGACAACCGCGACACCGCAAAAUCGCCCAUCGGUUUCGAAGAAUAUGCCAACAUCUCCGUGACCAGACAGAUCGUUCUCGGCGGCACGAGCAAAUACUUGAUCAAUGGCCAUCGUGCGCAGCAACAGACGGUGCAGAAUCUGUUCCAGAGCGUGCAACUCAACAUCAACAACCCCAAUUUUCUGAUUAUGCAGGGCCGGAUUACGAAGGUUCUGAAUAUGAAGGCAGUUGAGAUUCUGUCGAUGAUCGAGGAAGCGGCUGGUACGCGGAUGUUCGAGGAUAGGCGCGAGAAGGCCGUGAAGACAAUGGGCAAGAAGGAAUUGAAGUUGCGCGAAAUCGAGGGCCUGCUGAAGGAAGAGAUCGAGCCUAAGCUGGAAAAACUGAGAUCUGAGAAGCGAGCGUUCUUGGAUUUCCAACAGACUCAGAACGAUCUCGAGCGGUUGACUCGCUUGGUUGUGGCUCAUGACUACCUUCGUGGGGGUGAGCGAUUGCGGGUUACCGGCGAGGAGUGCGAAGCGAAAAGACGCAAGGUUCAAACGCUCGAAGAUAAUGCGACGAGGCUUAAGAGUGAGAUAAACCAUCUGGAAGAAGACGUGAAGCGAGUGCGAACCGCUCGCGACAAGGAAUUACGAAAGGGGGGCAAGUUCCAGGCUCUCGAGGAUGAAGUCAAAUCGCAUUCGCAUGAACUCGUUCGGCUGACCACGGUGUUCGACUUGAAGAACGCUAGUAUUUCUGAGGAACAGGAGAAGCAAAAGGAGGUCCACAAAACCGUGAAAGACCUGGAGAAACUUCUGAAGGAAAAGAAGAAGAUCUACGACAAACUGCAGGCCCAAUACGACUCCGCUAAAGCCGAACUGGACGCUCAAACCGCCGAGGCGGAACAAAAGGAGGAAUUGCUCCAGACAUUGCAGACCGGUGUGGCAUCGAAAGAAGGCCAGGAAAGUGGAUACCAAGGUCAACUACAAGAUGCCCGUAACCGUGCCAGUACCGCUGCCACGGAGCAAGAACAAGCCAAGCUGAAGAUUGCGAACUUGGAAAAAAGAAUCAAGGAAGAGGAACCAAGAGCGAAGAAGGCCAAGGAGCAGAAUUCAGGCCUUUUGAAGGACCUCGAAGGUCUCAAAUCGCAAGCCAAGAAGCUCGAUGCGGAGCUGGCUAAACUUGGUUUUGAACCAGGCAGAGAGGAGCAGCUCUACCGGGAGCAAACGACUCUACAAAAAGAAAUCCGCGAGUUGCGUCAAAGCGCGGACGGCCUCCAACGCAGGGUCGCAAACAUCGACUUUCAAUAUGCCGAUCCUCACCCCAACUUCGAUCGGUCCAAGGUCAAAGGAUUAGUGGCCCAGCUGUUCGCACUGAACAAGGAGAAGCUUCAGGCUGCCACUGCGCUGGAGAUCUGUGCUGGAGGUCGUUUGUACAACGUCGUUGUCGACUCCGCAGAAACGGGUACCCAACUGCUCCAGAAGGGAAGACUCCGCAAGCGAGUGACGAUUAUCCCGUUGAACAAAAUCUCAUCGUUCAAGGCAUCUGCCGAGAAGAUCGGGGCAGCCCAGAACAUUGCUCCCGGGAAGGUAGACCUGGCCUUGUCACUCAUUGGAUAUGACGAAGAAGUCACGGCGGCCAUGAACUAUGUUUUUGGCAAUACUCUGAUUUGCAAUGAUGCCGAUACGGCGAAGAGGGUCACUUUUGAUCCGGCGGUGCGGGUGAAAAGCGUUACAUUCGACGGCGAUGUCUACGAUCCUUCUGGUACUCUCUCUGGUGGUAGCUCUCCGAACUCAAGCGGGGUGCUUGUUACCCUGGGAAAGCUCAAUGAGAUCACGAGAGAGAUCAGGAGCAAGGAGCGUCUGUUGGCUACUUUGGAAGAUACCAUGAGAAAAGAGAAAAAGAAGCUUGAUGCUGCUCGCUCGAUCAAGCAGGAAUUGGACCUGAAGAACCACGAGAUUACGCUCACGGAAGAGCAGAUCAGCAACAACUCUUCCUCAUCGAUUAUCCAAGCGGUCGAGGAGAUGAAGGCAAACAUCCAGCAGUUGAAGAACGACAUUGCCGACGCGAAGACUCGUCAGAGUGAAGCAUCCAAGGAUAUUAAGCGAAUUGAGAAGGACAUGAGUGAGUUCAACAACAACAAGGAUAGCAAGCUCGCAGAGCUGCAAGAGUCGCUGGAUUCUCUUAAAAAGAGUCUCGCGAAGAACUCAAACUCCGUCAAGACACUGCAGAAGGAGCUUCAAGAUUCACGAUUGGAAUCGGAACAAGUUGGUGGAGAUCUUUCAGCGGCCGAGGAGCAAAGUGCCGAGGCCGAGAAUACUCUCCAAUCACAGAUGGAAGAGAUCGAGUCGAUGAAGAGGGACCAAGCUCGUAUCAAGGACGCCCAUGAUAUGGCUCAAGCACAGCUUGACGAUGAACGGGCCAAGCUGACUGGUUUUGACGACGAGCUGCGGGACUUGGACGCGACGAUGAAGGCGAAGAACUCUCAGAUUACCGAAGAGGGUCUCGAGAUGCAGAAGCUUGGUCAUCAACUGGAGAAACUGCAGAAGGACCAACAAGCUGCUGCCCAGGCCGUCGCUCACAUGGAAGACGAGCAUGAGUGGAUCGCAGAUGAAAAGGACAACUUCGGACGGCCCAACACUGCGUACGACUUCAAGAACCAGAACAUCGCCGAGUGCAAAUCGACAUUACGCAACUUGACAGAACGAUUCCAGGGAAUGAAGAAGAAGAUCAACCCUAAGGUGAUGAACAUGAUCGAUAGCGUGGAAAAGAAGGAGGCUGCGUUGAAGAACAUGAUGAAGACGGUCAUUCGAGAUAAGCGCAAGAUCGAGGAGACCAUCAUCAAUCUCAACGAGUACAAGAAGGAGGCUCUCCACAAGACAUGGACCAAGGUCAACGCCGAUUUCGGACAGAUCUUCUCCGAACUGCUCCCCGGUAGUUUUGCGAAGUUGGAUCCUCCCGAAGGCAAGGAUAUCACCGACGGUCUGGAAGUCAAGGUAUCUCUGGGUAAGGUUUGGAAACAGAGUCUGACAGAACUGAGUGGUGGUCAACGAUCUCUCAUCGCUCUUUCGCUCAUUAUGGCUCUCCUGCAAUUCAAACCGGCACCGAUGUAUAUUCUGGACGAGGUCGAUGCGGCACUGGACUUGUCGCACACGCAGAACAUCGGUCGUCUGAUCAAGACCCGGUUCAAGGGGUCUCAGUUCAUCAUCGUUUCCUUGAAGGAUGGCAUGUUCCAGAAUGCCAACCGGAUCUUCCGAACGAGGUUCAGUGAGGGAACCAGUAUUGUCCAGGCUCUCACUCCUGCGGACAUGAAAUGAUCGUGCUGAGGUGGAGGGCUCUGCUCUUUUCGUGCCUAAUUAUAGUGUCUGCAUCUUUCUUUUCUUGCUGUCCAUAUUCUUACGUUGUUGGUAUUUGGUGAUUGAUUUCUCCGACAGUUUGGUCAUUUCUGGGUUGGCAUUGCGGGACAGGUCAUGAAGGACUUUUUAUGAAGGUGUUUCUCGGAUCGUGUAUAUGGAGAAUAUUUUGUGUGAUUUUGGCUAUUUUUACCUGUGAUGAUACACGCUUGAUAAUGAAUCCAUGUUAUGGAACCAGAGAACCUGAGGCAUCGGCAAAGUAGGCAAACACCCGAGCCCCAACCGACUAAUCCAACGGGUGCUCGUCCUCUCCUUUCUUCUUCUCACUCCCCACCUUCUUCCUCUCUUCACCCCCCACAUCUCUUGUCGCUGUCACCGACCCCUGGAGGCAUCAUUGUUGUUUCUUAUUCAGCGCCUCUGUGACGUAUUCCGCAUCUGUACUUACAAUCCCCACUUCGCCGGUUAGUGCGAGACAUUGGCGUUCCCGAAUUCACCGCCACAUAAUUACAUUGUCCAUUCGCCGCGGCAUCUCUAUUACGCCGAUCCACUUACUACCAAGCGUCCGGGCGAUUUCUUCGACGGGUUACCGGAAAAUAGCCUCUAGACAAAAGAGUGCAGUAUUUCGAUACCUUCACCUCAACCGUCAAUCAUUCCGACACCUCCGCUGGAUUGAUUCCGACCGAUCGUCCACAUCCCCGUGUCCAUACCCCGUACCUCACCUCUCUCUCCACUCCACCCACACCCGACACAAUGGAUGAGGAACCUUCCCUGAACAUUCCCUCGCUCCUCACCCUCGCGGUUGUGUCUUACUUUGUUAUCCGCUGGUUUAUGAACCGGGAUGGGUCGGCUGGCACAGGUGGCGGUCGGAGUCGUGCCCGUGGCGUCGUUGAUCCAGCCCAAGUCGAACAAAUAUCCCAGAUGUUCCCUCAGUUGAGCACGCGCGAUAUCAUGUGGGAUUUGCAACGCAACGGAGGCAACGUUGCGGCAACAACGGAGAGAAUCUUGACUGGACGGGGGUUGGAAACG